CGCAAGACGCGGCGCCGCGUUUAAACUUGUUCUCAAUAAGGAAGUGUGACAUCAGGAGACCGUUUCUGUUAUCGAGCGAUGUUUUACUGUGAUUAAGCUUCACAUUCUCAAUCAAACACCAAAUCCGAAACGAAAACGAUGGCAACUAAAGCAACCAAGGAAUCUUUCGCAAAUAAACUAGGAUUCAAAAGCAGCGGCUCAAAGGCUGUUGAAGCUGAGCUUGAGAAAGUGAAGAAGGAAAAUGGCCAGUUGAAGAAGACUUUGGAUGAAAUUUCAAAACGAAAUGGAAAACCUCAUCCUACACGUCCUGAUUCGGAUAAAACCAAGCUGUUGGAGAGGAUUUUGUCACUGGAGACGCUGAGGGAGAGGAACGCACAGCAGCUGCUGGCUAAGGAAAAGGAGGUCUCCAUGCUGAAACAGCAGCUGAAAGCUGAAGGUGGAGAGGUGGUGGCUUCACUGCAGAACCAGCUGGAUCAGAAAAGGCAGGAGGCAGAACACAGAGAGAAACUGUUUCACAACCUUUCACAGGAGACUGAGGACCUGAAAAACAAACUGCUGGCAAUCACUGAGAAGUGCAAAACACUCGAAAAUCGCAGUACUGACAUACAGGUUCCUUCAGGUGAGACUGCCGUGGUCCAGGAGCAACUGCGAGAUGCUCUGGAAAAAAAUCAGCAAUGGCUUGUUUAUGACCAGCAGAGAGAGGCCUAUGUUCAGGGGAUUCUGGCCAGAAGCACUGAGCUCGAACAGCAGUUAAACCAAGCCAAGCAAACACUCCAACAACAGCACAAAGAGGCCAAUUCAGAAGGUCCAUCAUCUGCCUCCAAGCAGCAGGAGAAGCAGCUGCAGGAGAUCCAGAAAGAGACUGAGGAGGAGCGCAAAAGGACGAGCCAUCUGCAGGCCGAGCUCGAGGAGUUGAAGGCCAGGUAUGAGGAGAAGAGCCGUGAGGUGACCCGAGCCCAGGAGGAGCUGCAAGAAGAGCGCAAAAGUGGCCGACAGACUCUGGCAGAGGAACGGAAGCUGAACAUGGAGCGUGUAGCUAGACUGCAAGGCGAGUUAGAGGCGGCUGACGUAAGGCUUGACGAGGAAAGGAAGAGAGCCGCAGAGCUGCUACUGCAGGUGAACCUUCUUCAGAAAUCUCUACUGACUCAGCAUGAAGAUCAGAAAAAGAUGGCUGUUUUAGAGCAACAGAUCCAAAUGUCCGCUCGAGACUUUGAGAACGAGAGACUGGACCGUCAAAGUCUACAGCACCAGCUCCACAAAGUGCUAAAGGAGCUACGCAAAGCUAGAGACCAGAUCACACGCUUGGAGACGACGAAACGAGAGAGCCGGUUCUCUGAGCCCAGCUCGUACACCAGGCUGGAUUUGGAUAAGAUGACCAUUCAGAACCCCACAUCUCCAUUAAAGAGCAACACGUUGGACGAGAGCUUUCUGGAGUGUCCCAACUGCAGGGCCUCGUACCGUACAAGCCAGCACCGAGAGCUCCUUGCACAUCUCGACUACUGCUUUAAUUAAGACUACCGAGGGAAAAAAAAACAAGGAUUAGGGUUUAAUAUUAUGCUUAUGCUUUUUUUUUUUUUUUUUCCCCCCUUCCUAUUUUAUAUCUUUUUAUCAGAAUUUUUUAUUUUUGUAUUCCAAAGAAAUUUUCCACUGUUUUUGGAUUGAUCAGCAUUGUGUGUGACAGUCUCUCGAGUAUGUGUAUUAUUGUGGAGCAUAUUUAAGGUAAAUUUUUAAUUUAUGUUCGUGCUUUUGGUGUAUCUCUAUAACGUACCUUUUCCUUCAUAAUGUGUUUUAAAUACAUUAAACUCACAUCAUGUCUUAUUUUUUGGUGGCACACUUCCCUUACAGGUGUUGAAGUGGCACACAGAGACUCCCCUUUCAGUAGUUUUGCUGGAAAUCAGAUCCGUCUUGAAUUAGGCUGCAUGUGUGUAAAUCCGUGUAUUAGACCUAUUUAAAGCAAGCAGAUUAGCGAGACUGCAGGGGAAAGGAGGCUAAGGAUGUCUCGGUUCAGAAAACACACCCAGGUGGGAUAACCUCACAUGGAACUGCUGAGUAAGGUUAAAGAGAAAGGCUUCUGAUUUUCUAUGGUUUUAUGACAUCACCAGA